CAUGUUAUUCGUAGAUUUCACAUAGGUAACUUACAAAAAUAACUUGUUUGUAGAUAAGAAUAGGAAAAAUUCAUAGAAUUAAUUUCCAAGAAAUUUACAUUUAAAAUAAAUUGCUUAAGUCAUAAAUCAUUAUGCUUAAACCAAAAGCAUUAACUCAAGUCCUAAGUCAGGCAAAUACUGGCGGCGUAGAAAACACAUUAUUACUGAAUCACCAAGGUGCGCUUUUGGCGUAUUCAGGCUAUAACGACAAAGAUGCAAGAGUAACUGCAGCUAUAGCUAGCAACAUUUGGUCAGCGUAUGAAAAACAAGGAAGAAAUGUGUUCAAAGAAGACAGACUCCAUGUAAUAUUUGUUGACUGUACAAAUGGUAAAAUUGCAAUAACACAAGUGGCCAACUUACUUUUGUGCCUUUAUGCCAAAGAGACUGUUGGAUUUGGAAUAUUGAAAGAGAAAAUUAAUGCAUUAGCCCAAUAUUUAGAAGGACCACUGAAGCAAGUUGCAAGUUCAUAAUAUUUAUCUGUGAUCACAUAUGUGGAGCUAUUUAAAAAGGCAUCUGUCUUCUCUCUCUCACACUGUCUUUAUGGUUAACCUUUUUUUUUCGGGACAUAUCCACAAAUUACACAACAUUAAUGAAAAGUCCCUAAAGACCUAUAGUAUAGAUAAAGCGGCUAAUCCUGGGACCUUGACUGCUUGGACUGUGUGUUGAGUAGCUCAGCUUAUUUAGCAGAAGCACAAUCAAGACCAAUUUUCAGAACAAUUUUCU